UGAAACGAAGGAAGGCAGAGACAGAGGGCGCCUGGGAGGAGGCAGUGGGAGGGCGGAGGGCUGGGGCCGGGGCUCGGCCCCAGAGCCUUCAGGGUGGGCAUCGUGGGCAGGGCAGGUGGCCGAGGUGUGGAGCAGGGGAGAAUGCGCCUCUCCAAAACCCUCGUCGACAUGGACAUGGCUGACUACAGUGCUGCGCUGGACCCAGCCUACACCACCCUGGAGUUUGAGAAUGUGCAGGUGUUGACGAUGGGCAAUGACACAUCCCCGUCAGAAGGCGCCAACCUCAACGCGCCCAACAGCCUGGGUGUCAGCGCCCUGUGCGCCAUCUGCGGGGACCGGGCCACAGGCAAACACUACGGUGCCUCGAGCUGUGACGGCUGCAAGGGCUUCUUCCGGAGGAGCGUGAGGAAGAACCACAUGUACUCCUGCAGAUUUAGCCGGCAGUGCGUGGUGGACAAAGACAAGAGGAACCAGUGCCGCUACUGCAGGCUCAAGAAGUGCUUCCGGGCUGGCAUGAAGAAGGAAGCUGUCCAAAAUGAGCGGGACCGGAUCAGCACGCGCAGGUCGAGCUAUGAGGACAGCAGCCUGCCCUCCAUCAACGCGCUCCUGCAGGCGGAGGCCCUGUCCCAGCAGAUCACCUCCCCCGUCUCUGGGCUCAAUGGCGACAUCCGGGCCAAGAAGAUCGCUAGCAUCGCGGACGUGUGCGAGUCCAUGAAGGAGCAGCUGCUGGUGCUCGUGGAGUGGGCCAAGUACAUCCCGGCUUUCUGUGAGCUGCCCCUGGACGACCAGGUGGCCCUGCUCAGAGCCCAUGCCGGCGAGCACCUGCUACUCGGAGCCACCAAGCGAUCCAUGGUGUUCAAGGAUGUGCUGCUCCUAGGCAAUGACUACAUCGUCCCUCGGCACUGCCCAGAACUGGCGGAGAUGAACCGGGUGUCCAUGCGCAUCCUGGACGAGCUGGUGCUUCCCUUCCAGGAGCUGCAGAUCGAUGACAACGAGUAUGCGUGCCUCAAAGCCAUCAUCUUCUUUGACCCAGAUGCCAAGGGGCUGAGCGACCCAGGCAAGAUCAAGCGGCUGCGGUCCCAGGUGCAGGUGAGCUUGGAGGACUACAUCAACGACCGCCAGUACGACUCACGCGGCCGCUUCGGCGAGCUGCUGCUGCUGCUGCCCACCCUGCAGAGCAUCACCUGGCAGAUGAUCGAGCAGAUCCAGUUCAUCAAGCUCUUCGGCAUGGCCAAGAUCGACAACCUGCUGCAGGAGAUGCUGCUGGGAGGGUCCUCCAGUGACGCACCUCAUGCCCACCACCCACUGCACCCUCACCUGAUGCAGGAACACAUGGGCACCAACGUCAUUGUUGCCAACACGAUGCCCGCUCACCUCAGCAAUGGACAGAUGUGUGAGUGGCCCCGACCCAGGGGGCAGGCAGCCACCCCUGAGACUCCACAACCCUCACCGCCGGGUGGCUCGGGGUCGGAGCCCUACAAGCUCCUUCCAGGAGCCAUCGCCACAAUCGUCAAGCCCCCAUCUGCCAUCCCCCAGCCGACCAUCACCAAGCAGGAAGUCAUCUAGCAAGCCGCUGGGGGUCGGGGGCUCUGCUGGCUCCCCCCAGCCCCCUCAGAGCCUGCCUGGUGAUCACUUGGUCUCAGCAAUGGAAGGCGUGACACCAGGGCCAGCCCCAGAGUGGUAAUGGAAAGGGGGAAGGGCCCGAGCACAUGGCUGAUGGCCACAGCCCAUUGCCACCCGUGACGCCCUGCUCUGGGAGACACGGCUUUGACUUGGGGAGACCCCAGCUGGAAAGUCCUCUGCUGCCCUGGACAACUUUUCUCAUGUCGAAGCCACUGCCUUCACCUUCAUCCAUAUCUACCCCCAACUUCACCCCGGAAGGACGGCUGUCUGGAGAUGAUGCGGGGUCCUGCUUAAACCCAGCUCCCUUUGCCUCAGACUGGUGCUGCUUCCCUCCCAGUACCUGUCGUGGUGUCAGAGCACCUCACUCCUCCCUCUCCUGCUGCCCCCACCUCCAACACCCCUCUCCCUCCACCCACCUCCUUGGCCAUCCUGUCUUCUCCAAAGCCACCUCGCUAGAGGCUGGGGGAGACUUAGAAACGAUCCCUCAGUCAUUCCUGGAACAUCUCGUAAUCCUGGACUGGGGCUAGGCAGAGAGCAGAAGACUCCAUUCCUCCCCCUCCAACCCUACCGCACUUCCCUUCUUCAGGGACCUGGGUGGGUCUUCGGAGUGACGAUGGUUUUAGGCUUUCAACAGGAGAGAGCAAGCCAAGGUUGACAACUGCAACAGGAACUUGGAGGGAGGGCUGGAGCGGUCAGAGACAGCAUCUGGGAAGAGGCAGACCAUGCACCAGGCCUUUGAGGAAGAGUGGGAUUCUGGCUGGUAGAGCGGGUGAGAUAGGACAUUCCGAAGAACAGCCUGGACAAAAGCCUGGAGGUAGGAAGAAUGGCAUGGGAGAGAGGCGACACAGAGACAGGGUCUGCUGGGCUGGAAUGCCAGACUCAGGCCCUGAGCAGCUGGGGGACAUGCGCAGUGAGCCAGCUUUCACAGAUGAAUACAGCAGUUCUACCAAGGUGGGGUGGCAGGGAGGGAGCAGGGAGGUCAAAUGGGGUUGACAAUGUAACACGGGUGAGAGUGACAUGGCUUGCGGAUGGAUGAACCCUCAGACCAGAGUGACAUCAGGGAAGAAUUGUCCCCAGGGCCUGUCCCAAGCUCUUCCUAACUCCCAGGCACUGUCUUAAGGCAUUUGCCAUGCAUCAUCUCAUGUAAUCCUCCACAGUACCUGGAGAUUGUUACAGACGGUGAAGUUGGGUUCUAAGAGGUGACGAGAUUUUUCUGGAAACUCAUGCAGCUGGUAAGUGGCCAAGUCAGGACUUGAACCCAGGUCUCCCGAGACUAGGAGCUCUUAACCACAGUGGCUGAACAUCUUCUCCAAAAGGGCCCCUCUGUCCUCACUGUGAUCGAGUUGAGGGACUUCCUGGCCCUUUCACCAGCCUCAGAAACCAAUGGCUCCUUCUUCCCAGGAGCCCGGCCAACUCCUGGGACUAAGACUGGCCUGAGGUGGCACCAAAAUCCACUUAGGGUCCAGAAUCCUGUUUGUUGGUAAAUAUUAAGGAGAAUUUCUGACUCUUGACCCCUUUUCUCUGUUCAUUCCCCAAGUCUGGGGGAGGGGCAGCAGGGGCUGGUUCCUGGGAGACAGAGCUAUCUGGUGGGCAGCCUGGGAGGUGGGGGAACAGUUUGAGUAGGGACAGGGAGGGCUAAGAAGACCUGGGUGUGAGGCCUGCUCUGGGGAUCGACACUCAGGUGCAUUCUGGACACAUUAAACCCCAGGACAGAGCAGCCAGCGCUUCACCCAUGCAGAAUCUUGGAGGCUUUGGGGACAGUCUGGAAAUUGCCACUGGCCAGUGGGAACAAAAGGGAUGUGUCCUGGGGCUGGAGGUGUGAUUGGGUAGGAGAGUGAACCGUUAGACUGACCACCUACCCUCCACCCAAGGCUGACCCUUCUGAGUGGAGGGGUCAGUACCCCAGGACCCAGAAGUCCCACCAUUGGUGAGUAUUCCUUUCUGUGGAAGAGACACAGGGAAACAUUGAGACAGUGUGUCAGGGAGAAAUCUGCACGUCCUCCGCACUGUCAGGAGUGGCCUUCCCCUGUCCAUCAAGCCAGGUCCCCAAUCCCAGGGGACACUGCUUCCUGCACAGAGCUCCCAAGCCUCCCUCGGCCACCUCACUCCAGUGCCGCAGAAGCCCCAUAGGGCAGGGAAGCCGUAAUCAUUCUGGACAUUGUGGUCAUUCCCACUCUGUUCCUCCACCAGGUGGCUCAGGCCUCUGUUGUGGGAGCAAAGUUGAGAUAAGAACACCCCAUGGAGUGGAGUGGGUAAUGGUGGCCUUUAAUGGUAGCAACCUUUUGUAGCAGGGGGUUGGUCCUUUGCCCCAGAGCCACCCUUUCUGGAGGAGAAAUCCAUUCCACUUUAAUAACUAUUGCAAUUCAGGAAACAUGAAACAAAGAAAAGUUUACUUUUCUGAUUCUAAGCUUGAGGACACAACAUUGGAAAAUCAUCUUUUUUUUUUUCCUAUCUGAGUUGUGGUCCUAAAACAUAAAAUCUGUUGGACGAAAAAUGGUUGUUAGGGGGCAAGUGUGGGCACUAUAAUUCCUCCACCAACACACCCUCUUCUUCGGGGAGCUCUCAGGAACUUCUAGAAUCCACAUGGCUCUGCUGAGAGUGGGUGGAGGAGAAGAAAGAGUUGGAAAUGGAUGCUCUUGUGUUUCUUGCGAUGACCAAGCCAAUGGCAUCUGCCAAAUGUUCCUGUGAUCUGCCCCGAUUCAGAGGAAUUGUGAAAUUCACAUCAAGCGAUUCAGGAAGUGGGCUGGGUCCCAUCAGACCCACCCACAUCUUCCCGUGGGUGUGAGUGUCGUUAGGUCCUGUGCUGACCCCUGAGCACCCGUCACUGCCACCUGAUGGGGCGAAGAAGCAAAAAACAUUUCUUACUCUUAUGUGUUUUAACAAAAGUUUAUAAAACAAAAUAAAUGGCGCAUAUGUUUUCUAA